CAGAAGAAAACUAUGGGCUCAUAUCGGGCCCAAAAUGAAGCCCAAAUAUUCGAGCUUGAAGCUUAGCAAGAAGCUGAGGACGUGGUUAGUCCGCGAAAAUGGCGUUUCUGUUUCAUCCUCUAUCGCCAUUUUCCGAGAGUCAAGCACUGAUGGACUCCGGUCGUCGCCGUCGAUUCCUUCCUGUAGGUUCCGGUUACGUCCGGUUUCUGCCUCCCACAUUUGUGCUCCAGCGAUCGACAGGUCGACGAUCGUCAUAUCCGAAACGGCGUCGGAGGAGGAGCUUUGGGCUGCAGCUUGCCUCCGCGUGCGGACCUUCAACGAAUUAAACCCUUCUGCUUACAAUAUCCAAGAUCACAGAAGAUACUUGGCAGAGCGUGAGUUCGAGGCGCUUAAGGAGAGGAUUUCAGGAAAGAGGGAAGGGUUUACGAGGGUAUCAUGCGUAAACGCUACCCUUCCAUUGUCGCAACUAUCAAUUUCCUCUGAGGAUUUAAGCUCUGCAUGUAAGUUCUCUGAUGGUAUAGAAGAUAGAGUUGUGGUGGGGAGCCUUGAUCUUAACCAAUGCCGUUGGCUUCCUGAUGAAAUCGCUGGAACAAAACCAGAGGGGUAUGAUGUGGAUUUUGCGAGGGCAUACUUGAGCAACGUCUGUGUUGCGAAAGAGCUGCACCGUAAUGGAGUUGGUCACAAACUCAUUGAGAAGUCUAAGGGAGUUGCUAGAGAAUGGGUGGGUUCGAGCAAGAGAGCGCUGAGCCGGCGUGGCAAGCUCGAUACCUUAACAGGCCGCAAAGGCUCCUCCUCUGGCUCUCACUUCUUACCUCCUGAAUCUUUGUCCAAAAUAUUUAAGAUAUCUAAUGAAACGACAACGUUCCAAUGGACUUUGAGGAAAACGCUUCGAAAUAUGAAAGGCUUAGAAAUGGUGGUGACGUCUUUCUCUUCACCGCCGCCUAUCUUCUUCUCCCUUGGAGCUGAUCCUCAGAUUUCUUCUUCCAAUGGCCGCUUCGCGAUUCCUUCGUCUCUCUCUUCCUAUUCCCUCGUAAAGGGACUAAGAAGACACCAAGAUGCAAAGCUGGUGGGAAGCAGAGCCAGAGGUGGAGCAGUUCGUGUCCUAGCAAAUCCAAAUGCAUCUCCUACUCCAGGGAAAGUAAAGGCAAAAAAAGUGGUAAUCAUGGUAGAUCCUCUCGAGGCCAAACGGUUAGCAGGAAAGCAAAUGGAAGAGAUCAAAGGCAGAGAGAAGCAACAGAGAAGGCGUGAGAUAGAGGCGAUAAACGGAGCAUGGGCGAUCAUUGGGCUCUUGAUAGGGCUUGUGAUCGAAGCCCAAACAGGGAAGGGCAUUGUCGCUCAGUUGGCUGGAUAUUGGUCUGCGGUUGUGCAUAUAUUCAUUCCAUCAACACAGAAUCUCCCACAG